AUGGCCCUAACAGCCCGCCUCUCCUUCAUCGACACCACCGAGAACGAGCCCGAAGGUGACCCAGAAGAUCUCUUCGCCGGCUCCCUCGGCGUCAUCUUCACCGACGACGUAACCAACCAGCACGGCGAUGCCUCCACCGCCCUCCAUUACACGUCCCCGCACCUCUCCAAACCGCUGCGGAUCGAGCUCUCCGACCCGAAAGCGGCUCAAGACCGCUCGCUGUUCAGCCACUUCCUGUGGAACGCCUCGCUUUUGCUGGCCGACCUGAUUGAGGCUGGCACGCUGGGCUUGCAGGCUGGUGGUGACACAACGGGAGCCGGCGCGGGGACGGUUGAGCUUGGUAAAAAUGUGCCGGUGCCGCCGUUGAAGAAUUUUGAUAUUAGAGGAAAAUCGACAAUCGAGAUGGGAGCUGGCACCGGGCUGCCGAGCCUCAUGGCUGCGUUGUUGGGGGCUAAGAGGGUGCUGGUGACUGACUACCCGGCGCCGGUGGUGAUUGAGAAUUUGACUAAGAAUGUUGAGUUGAAUCUGAAGCAUCAGGAGGCCGCAAAGGAUGUCGAGGUCGCAGUCGAAGGACACGGGUGGGGCGAGCUGGAGACGCCGCUUGCGGUUGAGAACAAGGGCGCGUUCGACCGCGUCCUAUGUGCCGACUGCCUGUGGAUGGAGGAGCAGCACGAAAAUCUGCGGAGGUCGAUCGCCUGGUUCCUGAGCGACGACCCGGAAGCCCGGGCGUGGGUCGUGGGCGGCUAUCACACCGGUCGGAAGAAGAUGCGGGGAUUCUUUGACGACGAGGAGCUGAGGAAGCUCGGACUCGAGGUGGAGAGGCUGUGGGAAAGGGACUGCGACGGGAUUGACCGGGAGUGGGCGUGGGAUCGUGGAGCGGAGGAUCUGGACAUUACGGGCCGGAAGAGAUGGUUGGCUAUUUCCGUUCUGAGGAGGAUACGGAAGGAUGCGGAGGGUGGCAAGGCUGAAAGGUGA